AUAAGUAUCUACGAGCGCAGGAGGAAUGGCAGCGUCGUACUGGUGGUUCCCUGGGGAAAGGUGAUACGAGAGUCCAGUUCAUUCAAUGCGACCUUACAGAUAUAGUGGCUGCCAAGGAUGCAGCCAACGAACUCAAGCGCAGAACUGACAGGCUUGAUAUCAUAAUAUGCAAUGCCGGUACGUCUGGCGCUUCACUCUUCCUUUGGCCCAUCCCCAAUUGACGGAACUUACCCCGUCUCUCUGUAUACCCCACCUAUAUAUAACAGAUUGUUUGUUGAUAUUCCAACGUCCGCAAAAGCCAUUGGUGUAUCAACCGAGUAUGAACGAUCGCCGCAGGGUAUUGAACAGGUAUUUGCUUCGAAUUGCGUUGGCCAUCAGGUGUUGGCAACCAAUCUGCUGCCUCUCAUGAAGCGUACUAUCACCCAGGGCAAGGCUAGCAAUGGGCGGAUUGCGGUAGCUAGUUCGUCUAUGCACGCAUUUUGCCGUGAGCUCAACCUCGACCUUCUUACCUCACCCACUCGCCUCAAGCCAGCAUAUAUCGACGGUGUGUGGCGUUAUGCUCGCGCGAAACUAGGGAACAUACUCUUCGCAAGGGAGCUAAGCCUUCGGUUGAUGCAAGAAGAGGAUCCGGCAAGUAGCAAGAUUUACGUUAAUGCCUUUUUCCCGGGUAACAUCGUUACCGAUCAGUGGAGUGUUUGGGAUGAGUAUGUCGGAGAAGCCCUGGGUUCCCUGCUUAGGCGCCUAUUCUCAAUCAUUGGUCAGAGCUUGGAGGAUGGUGCUGCAAAUGCAAUUUAUUUGGCCGCGAGUCCAAAGGUAAUAUCAGACAGCACCCAUGGUCAGUACUUCAUUCCUAUCGCAAAGUCGUACAAGACAACUGCCAUUGCUAGCGAUAUGAAACUUGCUCGUGGACUUUGGGAUUGGAUAGAGGCCAAAGCAGCAGACGCUGUAGGCCCCGAAGAAUAAGACGAAACCCGUAUCGUCGAUGGCUAGAUGCCAUAUUAAUAUCAAAUCAUUUUUCUUAAUCAUUAUAACAGCAUCCUAGGAUUAAUAUCCAGGUGCGC